AUGGGGAGCUCUGCAUUGGCUUGGGGAGGACCAGAGCAGGGUGGACGGCAGCCGGGCAUAAGUCAGUCCCGCACCCUUGCAGCAAGGAAAGGGAACCACAUACCAGGCAGCAUCAAGAGCGCAGCUGGGAGGCCGAGCAAAGGGGUUAUUCCCCGUCACCCAGUGCUCACCAGGCCACAUCUGGAGCCCUGUGUCCGGGGCUUGCUCAGCGGCAGGGGAAGGCUGCAGGGAGAUCCUACUGCUGUCUUCAGUGGCCUAAAGGGAGGUUUUAGGGUCAAGCUCUUCUCUGAGGAGCUCAGCAAAAGGACAAGAGGCAACAAACACAGGUGGCAGCGAAGGAAACUCCAGUCUGUUGCUGGAAUUCAUGAAACCAAGUGUACACUGCGCCGUCUUCAGCGUCAUAGGAACGACCUGAUGCUGGAGGUCCUACAGCCCCAGCCGGAAAGGACGGAGAACCCCUGCAACAGCCCCGAGCAGCUCUGCUCCUCUCUCCCCGAGAGCUCUGGACAAUUUGCAAAAAGGAAGAAGACUUCGCUUUGGUUCACAGUCUCUCUGCUGGUAGUGUCUGUUUUCAUACUGACCAUAGGUCUGGCAGCUACCACAAGAACAGAAAAUGUUACCGUGGGAGGCUACUACCCAGGCAUCGUUCUUGGCUUUGGAUCUUUCCUAGGGAUUGUUGGCAUCCACCUGGUAGAGAACAGAAGACAAAUGUUAGUAGCCUCCAUCGUGUUUAUCAGCUUUGGCGUGGUAGCAGCGUUCUGUUGUGCAAUAGUUGAUGGAGUGUUUGCAGCACGACACAUAGAACCCAGACCUUUGUAUAACAAAAGGUGCCAGUUUUAUUCAAGUGGUAUAGGAUUCCUGUAUGAUGCCUACCAGACAGAGGUGACAUGUUAUACCUUAAACAGCAAGUGCCAGCUGAAAGUAAAGAGUAACACGUGCUAUUGCUGUGACCUGUACAACUGUGAGAAUUCAGAGCAGUCCUCCAGCUACUACGAAUUUCUCGGCGUGAGCAGCUGUCAGGACGUGGUUCACCUGUAUAGGCUGCUGUGGUCCUCCACAGUCCUCAACAUCAUCGGGUUGUUUCUGGGGAUUAUUACGGCAGCCAUUCUUGGGGCAUUUAAAGACAUGGUACCUCUGUCCCAAAUUGCUUUCGGUGCUGCACCUCCUCCUCAGAUCCUGUACAAUCCUGCCCAGCAGAUCCUGACAUACGCUGGGUUCUGUCCUUCUGCAGCAACUAUUUCUACAUACCCAUCCUACCCGUUACCUCUUCAGCCUGCCAGCAAUUUUCCAGGAACGUCGUCUACUGACAUUUCUUUAUCAGAAGAAACUCAGCCGCCGUCUCAGUCCAGCUCCAGCUAUGGUCUUCCCCCCAACGCUCCAGCCCUCUAUACGCCGACUUACUUCUUGCCUGGAGAAAAGCCUCCACCAUAUGCACCAUAG